GCCGCCGCCGCCGCUCCGCGUUCUCUACAGCCGGGCGGCCCCUGCCAGCCGCACUUUUGCAGACCUCUGCGGAGUCGCCUGCAGCCGGAAUCUCGGGUUCUUGGCCGCCUGCAUCCAGUUAACUGCUACCCGCCCGCUGCCUCCACAAAGCUUUGUCCAGUUGGAGUCAUUCGAUGCCCAGUUUGCAGCCAAGAAUGUGCAGAGAGACACAUCAUAGAUAACUUUUUUGUGAAGGACACUACUGAGGUUCCCAGCAGUACAGUAGAAAAGUCAAAUCAGGUGUGUACAAGCUGUGAGGACAACGCAGAAGCUAAUGGGUUUUGUGUAGAGUGUGUUGAAUGGCUCUGCAAGACGUGUAUCAGAGCUCAUCAGAGGGUAAAGUUCACAAAAGACCAUACUGUCAGACAGAAAGAGGAAGUAUCUCCAGAGGCAGUUGGUGUCACCAGCCAGCGACCGGUGUUUUGUCCUUUUCAUAAAAAGGAGCAGUUGAAGCUGUACUGUGAGACAUGUGACAAACUGACAUGUCGAGACUGUCAGUUAUUAGAGCAUAAAGAGCAUAGAUAUCAAUUUAUAGAAGAAGCUUUUCAGAAUCAGAAAGUGAUCAUAGAUACACUAAUCACCAAACUGAUGGAAAAAACAAAAUACAUAAAAUUCACAGGAAAUCAGAUCCAAAACAGAAUUAUUGAAGUAAAUCAAAAUCAAAAGCAGGUGGAACAGGAUAUUAAAGUUGCUAUAUUUACAUUGAUGGUAGAAAUAAAUAAAAAAGGAAAAGCUCUACUGCAUCAGUUAGAGAGCCUUGCAAAGGACCAUCGCAUGAAACUUAUGCAACAACAACAGGAAGUGGCUGGACUUUCUAAACAAUUGGAGCAUGUCAUGCAUUUUUCUAAAUGGGCAGUUUCCAGUGGCAGCAGCACAGCAUUACUUUAUAGCAAACGACUGAUUACAUACCGGUUACGGCACCUCCUUCGUGCAAGGUGUGAUGCAUCCCCAGUGACCAACAACACCAUCCAAUUUCACUGUGAUCCUAGUUUCUGGGCUCAAAAUAUUAUCAACUUAGGUUCUUUAGUAAUUGAGGAUAAAGAGAGCCAGCCACAAAUGCCUAAGCAGAAUCCUGUCGUGGAACAGAAUUCACAGCCACCAAGUGGUUUAUCAUCAAACCAGUUAUCCAAGUUCCCAACACAGAUCAGCCUAGCUCAAUUACGGCUCCAGCAUAUGCAGCAACAGGUAAUGGCUCAGAGGCAACAGGUGCAACGGAGGCCAGCACCUGUGGGUUUACCAAACCCUAGAAUGCAGGGGCCCAUCCAGCAACCUUCCAUCUCUCAUCAGGUAAAUUUGGAAGCAGGAAUGAUAGUACUUUCCUCGGAUAUUUAUCGAGGCCUAAUUAAUCUCUUUAUAUAUGAGAAAGAGGAAUAUAAAAUCCCGAAAGCACCAUGGCAGAUCAGCAGUGGACAGGGAACCCCAUCAACUACCAACAGCACAUCCUCUACUCCUUCCAGUCCCACGAUUACUAGUGCAGCAGGAUACGAUGGAAAGGCUUUUGGUUCACCUAUGAUCGAUUUGAGCUCACCAGUAGGAGGGUCUUAUAAUCUUCCCUCUCUUCCAGAUAUUGACUGUUCGAGUACUAUUAUGCUGGACAAUAUUGUGAGGAAAGAUACUAAUAUAGAUCAUGGCCAGCCAAGACCACCCUCAAACAGAACGGUCCAGUCACCAAAUUCAUCAGUGCCAUCUCCAGGCCUUGCAGGACCUGUUACUAUGACUAGUGUACACCCCCCAAUACGUUCACCUAGUGCCUCCAGCGUUGGAAGCCGAGGAAGCUCUGGCUCUUCCAGCAAACCAGCAGGAGCUGACUCUACACACAAAGUCCCAGUGGUCAUGUUGGAGCCAAUUCGAAUAAAACAAGAAAACAGUGGACCACCAGAAAAUUAUGAUUUCCCUGUUGUUAUAGUGAAGCAAGAGUCAGAUGAAGAAUCUAGGCCUCAAAAUGCCAAUUAUCCAAGAAGCAUACUCACCUCCCUGCUCUUAAAUAGCAGUCAGAGCUCUACUUCUGAGGAGACUGUGCUAAGAUCAGAUGCCCCUGAUAGUACAGGAGAUCAACCUGGACUUCACCAGGAGAAUUCCUCAAAUGGAAAGUCUGAGUGGCUGGAUCCUUCCCAGAAGUCACCCCUUCAUGUUGGAGAGACAAGGAAAGAGGAUGACCCCAAUGAGGACUGGUGUGCAGUUUGUCAAAACGGAGGGGAACUCCUCUGCUGUGAAAAGUGCCCCAAAGUAUUCCAUCUUUCUUGUCAUGUGCCCACAUUGACAAAUUUUCCAAGUGGAGAGUGGAUUUGUACUUUCUGCCGAGACUUAUCUAAACCAGAAGUUGAAUAUGAUUGUGAUGCUCCCAGUCACAACUCAGAAAAAAAGAAAACUGAAGGCCUUGUUAAAUUAACACCUAUAGAUAAAAGGAAGUGUGAACGCCUACUUUUAUUUCUUUACUGCCACGAAAUGAGCCUGGCUUUUCAAGACCCUGUUCCUCUAACUGUGCCUGAUUAUUACAAAAUAAUUAAAAAUCCAAUGGAUUUGUCAACCAUCAAGAAAAGACUACAAGAAGAUUAUUCCAUGUACUCAAAACCUGAAGAUUUUGUAGCUGAUUUUAGAUUGAUCUUUCAAAACUGUGCUGAAUUCAAUGAGCCUGAUUCAGAAGUAGCCAAUGCUGGUAUAAAACUUGAAAAUUAUUUUGAAGAACUUCUAAAGAACCUCUAUCCAGAAAAAAGGUUUCCCAAACCAGAAUUCAGGAAUGAAUCUGAAGAUAAUAAAUUUAGUGAUGAUUCAGAUGAUGACUUUGUUCAGCCCCGGAAGAAACGCCUCAAAAGCAUUGAAGAACGCCAGUUGCUUAAAUAAUAUGCAGCACCACUAGCUUGUGCUGGUUUUUAGAUUUUUUUUGUUUUCAAAAAAAACAUUUGUCAGUAAUUUAACAUCACUACAAAGAAGAGUUUGUGACUACUCUGAUCUCUGUUUUGGACGUUUACUAGACUUUGAUUUCCUUAAUAGCCCAUUUCUGUUAACCUCUUAUCACUAAGAAAGAAGGAGAUGAAUGGAAGAAAAAGAAAAUGGAAAGAAGGAAAAAAGGAUGGAAGAAAGAAGCAUUGAAAACAAAGACAUUCUUCCCCCUUCUUGGAUUUUUAAACCACAAUCUGGAGCGAUAGCUGCUGUAGAAAGGAAAUAGACUUUGUAUGAACUCUUCAGUUGAAAAGUAUACGUGGUUUGGAUGUGUGCGUUAAUUCAGUUUUAGAAAUUAAUACCACUACCCAUGAAUUAUAUGGCCUGACAAUGUGAGUUAGGUGUACUGUACUAAAGAACAGUACUCCACAAACAUGGGUGGUAACAAGAGUUCCAUCCCAGGAGGCCAAAUGGUGCAACAGAAGGGUAGGUUAGAUGCUAUUAAGAAGGCACCUAAUAGUACAUCAUGUAAGAUGGCAACUGUAUUAAAGAAAAAUCCGGAAAACAAA